CUGGCAUUGAGCGUUGUGGCUUUUGCCAGUGUACAUCUUAUUCAAGCUCAGCCUGAUCAACUAGGAUUCAUCAGUUUGGACUGUGGUUUACCACCUUCUGAGUCUCCGUAUACCGACUCAGUAACGGGAUUAAUAUACACAUCUGAUGCGGAUUACAUCCAAAGUGGUAAACGCGGUGUAGCUGAGGAUGAUGUUAUGUAUGCCUACAGGCAAUACAAGGAUCUAAGAUAUUUUCCAGAUGGAAUACGAAACUGCUAUGAUUUGACAGUAAACAAAGGAAUUAACUAUCUAAUAAGAGCAGGUUUCGCAUAUGGAAAUUAUGACAGCCUUAAUGUGUCUCCCAAGUUUGAUUUACAUGUGGGCCCUAACAUGUGGAUUGCAGUGGAUUUGGAACCGGAUUUGUUGGAAUCCAAAAAAGAUCAUGAGAUCAUUUACAUGACAAAGUCUAACUUAUUGCAGAUUUGUCUUGUUAAGACAGGAGCAACUAUACCAAUGAUAUCAACCUUGGAAGUACGGCCAUUAAGAAAUGAUUCUUAUAUGACACAUCUCGGUCCCUUGAACCUCAUACAACGGAAGACCUUUAGAGAUUCUGACAGCUUUCUACGGUAUCCUGAUGAUAUCUUUGAUCGCAAAUGGGCUCCAUCUAUACGUUAUUUAGAAAUAAGCGUAAACACCACUCUCAAUGUGACUUCCUCUAAUCCUUUUGCAGUGCCAGAUGCUGUAAGUAGGUCGGGAAUUUCCCCCAGAAAUGCCACCAGACCAUUUAACUAUUACUGGUAUCCAGACGUCCCUAAUGACAAAGUUAAUGCAUAUUUUCAUUUUGCCGAGAUCCAACCCCUACAAGCAAAUGAUACUAGGGAAUUCGACAUUUUCUUUGAAGGAAUUAUUAUUCACAGAGCUUAUAGUCCUCAGGUGUUACAAUCAGAAACAAAAUACAACAAAUCACCACUAAAAUGUGGAGGCGUAUUUUUUAAGUCAUGCGACUUGGACCUUGUAAGAACUGAAAGAUCAACUCUUCCGCCCCUGAUUAAUGCUGUUGAGGCGUUCAAUGUUUUGGAAAUUUUAUAUGCUGAAACAGAUCCAAACGAUGUCUCUGCUAUAAAGAAUAUCCAAGAAACGUAUGGAUUAAAAAUAAUAAGUUGGCAGGGAGAUCCCUGCGUCCCUGAACUGCUAAAAUGGGCAGAUUUAAAGUGCAGCUACACUAACAGUUCUACUCCUCCAAGGAUUAUUUCUUUAGAUUUAUCAUCACACGGGUUAAAAGGGGCCAUAGCACCAGUCUUUCAAAAUCUGACCGAGCUUCGAAAACUGGACUUAUCAAAUAACAGUUUAACUGGAGGAGUGCCCGAAUUUCUAGCCAGCAUGAAGUCAUUGUCGAUCAUAAACUUAAGUUGGAACAAUCUUACGGGUCCUCUUCCUAAAGCAUUUCAUGAUAGAGAAAAGAAUGGGCUAAAGCUGACGAUCAAUGGAAACUCUAAGUUUUGUGCUGAUGCGUCAUGCAAAAAUAGCAACCAAAAGUACGUUUUACCAGUUGUUGCAUCAGCUGCUUCCGUACUCAUCAUUGUAGCUGUGUUGAUUCUCAUUCUGUUUUUCAAGAAGAAAAAGCAAACGCAAGCUUUUCAUUAUUUGCACAUUAUUCUGUCUUUAUCUACAGUUCAACAUGAGUUACCAAGUGGGCCGUCCAUAGUUACGCAGACAAAAAAGUUCACAUAUUCAGAUGUGGCAACCCUAACAGACAACUUUCAACGAGUUCUUGGAGAAGGAGGAUUCGGAGUAGUAUAUCAUGGUUAUUUGAAUGGUACACAACCAAUAGCUGUUAAAUUACUUUCUCAAUCAUCAGUACAAGGCUAUAAGGAAUUUAAGGCAGAGGUUGAACUCCUUUUGAGAGUCCACCACGUAAAUUUGGUAAGUUUGGUUGGAUAUUGUGACGAAGAAGGCCACUUGGCCCUCCUUUAUGAGUAUGCACCCAAUGGAGAUUUAAAACAGCAUCUCUCAGGAGAACGUGGUGGCUUCCCUUUGAAGUGGUCAAGUAGACUAAAAAUUGCCGUCGAGACUGCUCAAGGUUUAGAGUACUUGCAUACGGGUUGCAAGCCUCCAAUGGUACAUCGUGAUAUAAAAACAACAAAUAUACUUUUGGAUGAGCACUUCCAAGCGAAACUAGCAGAUUUUGGGCUUUCAAGAUCUUUUCCAAUCGGGGGAGCAACCCAUGUGUCAACAGCCGUUGCUGGCACUCCUGGAUAUCUUGAUCCUGAAUAUUAUCGAACAAAUAGGUUGAACGAGAAGAGUGAUGUAUACAGCUUCGGCAUUCUAUUAUUGGAAAUGAUCACAAGCCGACCUGUAAUUCAGCAAACCCGGGAAAGGCCACACAUAGCAGCUUGGGUGGGAUACAUGCUUACCAAGGGAGAUAUUGAAAACAUUGUGGAUCCAAGACUCAGUAGGGAUUAUGAUCCUACUUCGGUCUGGAAGGCAAUUGAGAUAGCAAUGUCUUGUGUGAAUCCUUCUUCCCGGGAAAGACCAAACAUGUCUCAAGUUACUAAUGAACUAAAGGAAUGCCUCACAUCAUGCAACUCAAGGCAAGGAGGGAUAGGAGACAUGGGCUCAAAGAGUUCCACUGAGAUGAGCACUCGCUUUACGUCCGAAAUUUCCCCGAAUGCACGUUAA